AUGUCUCAAGACCUAACGCAAGCGCUGUCUCAAUCCGGCCUUCUCACGCCCGAUCUGCAGCCUCUCCUUCCUCCUGACCUGGUUCCUUCCACGGCAUUGACAGUCCAGUUCGGAGAAAAGACAGUCUCAUAUGGGAACUUCUUCCGGGCGAGCGAAUGCAAGGCAGCCCCGUCCAUUUCCUUCUCUAAAGAGGCCGACGAUCCAGACGCAUCCAGACGCUACACGCUCCUUCUCAUCGACCCGGAUGCACCGACCCCCGAUGACCCCAAGUUUGCCUACUGGCGGCAUUGGGUGGUGUCGGGAUUGCGGCCAGCAGAUGCCGGUGACGUCACGGCCACAUCUACGGUGUUGACUGAAUACCUUGGCCCGGGGCCUAAGGACGAGUCCAAGCCUCAUCGGUACUUGUACCUGUUGUUUCGGGAGCCCGAGCAGUUCGCUCUUUCGAAAGAGGAUGUCGGAGGAGAGGAGUUCACGCAACGCCGCUCCUUCAAAGCAGCCGAGUGGGUAAAGACGCAUAGUCUGAAGCUGGUGGGAGUCAAUUGGAUGCGCGGGGUGGGCGAUGGGUGGAAGGAGUGA